AGUCAUUGCACGACACUCCCGCGGCAUAUCAAUCCAACCAAGCAUCACAAUCCUACACCAACACCCUCAACCUUCAACAAUCCCACAGUACCCAAAUCCACCCCCAACAAACACAAUGUCGCAACCCGGAUCCCAAACCGGAACCCAAACCGCCCUCCUCGCCACCGCAAUCGGCCAACCCCUCACCAAAGCCACGCGGCCCAUCCCCCACCCCAACGCCAACCAAGUCCAGAUCAAAGUCAGCGUGGCCGGGCUCAACCCCCACGACGCCAAAUCCCGGGACCACGGGCUCUUCAUCCAAGACGCCCUGCCGGCCGUGCUGGCGGCCGACGUCGUCGGCGUCGUGACGCAGCUCGGCCCCGGGGUCACCCGCUUCCAGCCGGGCGACCACGUCGUCGGCCAGGCCGCGCUGGUCCUCCCGCACGGCCACCCCGCCAACCUCCGCUUCUCCGAGUCCAACAACGACACCCAGGGGCUGCAGGAGUACGCCUUGCUGGACGAGCGGUACGCGGCCCCGGUGCCUGCGGGAUUCCCGGACGCGCAGCUGGCCACCGUCCCCACGAAUCUUGUGACGGCCGCCGUGGCGCUGUUCGAUGCGUCGGGGCUGGGGAUUCCGUCGCCUUGGUGGGACGAGGACUCGGCUGCGGCGGCGGGGAGCUUUGAUUAUGCAGGGACGUCACUGCUGAUUCUGGGUGGGGGGUCGAAUACGGGGAGGUUUGCGGUUCAGCUUGCGGCGCUGGCGCGGAUCGGGCGCAUUGUGGUGGUGGCGGGGGCUCGGAGUGCGGAGGAGGCCACGCGGUUGGGCGCGACGCAUGUUGUGGAUCGCACGGGGAAGUCGGGACUGGAGAUUGCGGCGGAGGUGCGUGCCAUCGUCGGCGAUGGGUUGCUCUAUGCGCUGGAUACGAUCAAUCCGCCUGAGAGUCAGUGGAUCGGGGUCGAGGCGUUGUCGAAUUCCAAGACUGGGAAACUGGCAAGGCUGAUUCCGAGGGGGGUGGUUGAUGAGUCCAAACUGUCGACGAAGAAGGGGGCGGGCUUUGAGACGGUUAAUGUUAUGGGGGUGUCGACGGCUAGACCGGCGACUGCGGGGCCCUUGUGGAAUAGGGUGGCCGGCUGGGUGGCGGAGGGGAAGAUCAAGCCUACCGCGUAUCAGGUGCUUCGGGGGCUGGAUGUGGAUGCGGUCAAUAAGGUGCUGGAUGGGUAUUCCAGCGGCGCGGAGACGGGGCAUUGGCAGGUGCAUCUGUAA